GCUUUCGUGAAGGCUGGAUGACACCGUGGUAGACUCUCGCCUGGAGUGAGGGAACACUGCAGGAGGAGGAAAAUGAGGGGGAGAGGAGCGCGAGCAUCUCGCCAGGACAGGACAGGAUCUCUCGCCUUUGUUCUGCGAUGAUGCGUUCACAUACCCGGACUCAUCUCCUGCAACACCAAGGUCAUUUUCUCGUUGCAUAGUUCUCACUGGCACCAGUGUGCCGAGUGCUGGAGAGAACCGGUUUGUUGCCUUGAGCGAGAGUGCAUACAGUCAACUGUGAAGGGGAGAGCUGCCAUGGUAAGUUACCAGUUGGGGUCAUAGCUAUUCACCUUCACUCUUGGGGCGAAGGUGCAAAGGCAAAGGCAGGAGCGGGGGCGAGGGCACCGAAAAGCGAGGGAGGUCCUGUGUCUUUCUAUCGCCUCUCUCGCCCGUCUCCUGUUGAGCUUUGUGCGCGGGUCUGUUCCAGACGCCACUGCCCCCACCCCAGUUUCCUGGAGCUCUCCCAAGUUUUUCUUCCAAGGUGGGAGUUUGCUGUUGCAAGCGUCUUCGUUGUGUGUUUUUUAAUAUUUUGCUCCCCUCCGGUUUCUUCAGCGGGUUCCUGUGCAGACAGAAGAUCGAAGAGAGAAGGAGAGGUGAAUAUGUAUAGGUAGCGUGUGUGUGCAUGGAUGUUGGCCAUCGGACAUGGCGAUGUUUACACUUCACCGCAUUACGCCAUACCUGCGCUGCGUCAUCCUUGCUGCAAUGUAGCCCUGGCGAUGUUGCCAUCUUGCAAGCUGGAGCUGGAAUCACUGGGUUUAGAACAAGUCACCGAUGAAGCAAGUUGCGUGGAAUGAUAUGGUGUCAUUUUGAGUUUGGAUUUUCAUGUGUUCGAGGAAACCACAGGUUGUUUACCUGCAGUAGUGAAUCUUAUCCGGAGGGAUAAAGUGGUGCAGUGGUCAAGGCUUUCCAGAUGACAAGCUAAGACGAUCUGAAGUACAGGGUGGAGUGCAGGCCGUGAGCCAUUUGCGCGCUCAUAUCAUUGAGUAACAAUGGCUGAUACCAUUGGUAUUAUUUUGGAGUACUUGCACCGGCACCAUUUUACGAGGGCAGAGACAGUUCUAAGGGAGGAGGUCAGCGAACGGCGGCAGUUCAGUAGUCUUGCUCCUCUUCCAUUGAACGACGACCGGGACCUUGAUGUUGUCAUAUGUCUCAAUUCGAUGCAAGAGAAAUCUGGACAGAAGCGGGGUGAAUUGGAAGCGUUGCCUAAUAAACGACCGCAGGACAAGUUGGUGACAAACGUAGAACCCGCUGCAGCAUUGGGGUUGGCAGUGAAGGAGUUGCCUCAUGGUCAAGUAGAAUCCAUAUGGCCAUCGACGAAGGUGGAGGUGUCUGAACCGUUGUUUAUGGAGUUCGAUGUGGUGGAAUUAGAACAUUCGACAAAGCCAAAAUUCGUGUUCAGUGUUGAGAAUUCGCCAUCGCCAGUGUUGGUCUCUCCCACGUCUGAGAGCAAAACCGUUGAGCUAAGCAGGUCUCCGGGAAGGAUAGGAGGCCUGAGUACUCUUCAGACUGAGGCGGAGGUAGCAGCCACUUCUUCUGUUGAGAAAGUAGUUUCAGAGCGCCAGAAGUUGGAAGCUAGUGACUUGUUGUCAGAAAAGCUUCCAGAUUCUAAUAUUAGAGGAGGAUCCCAUCCAGCAAGCCACUUGGAGAAGGAGUUGUUUCUAGCUCAAGAGACAUCUUCCGCACAAGUACUGUGUGAAGCAACUCGAGGAAAAGUAGAUGCUUUGAAACAGAGGUGGGAGCCCAAGACUACGGACAAGCCCACCCUCGAACGAGAGAAAAGCUCUCGAGCUGUUAUGACAACGACAAAGAAAGAAGAAAGUCAGACUGAAAAAGUGAUUGACAGCAAUGGGCGACUCACACCUAUCCAAGCUAUUGAGAAUAAUCCUCUUGAUUCCACAAUUGAUGUGCAAUUGAUGCCUAGGGAUAAGUCUAAUGUGAAUGCAGUACUGCACCACGGUACAAAAGCAGAAGGUACUGGCGCUGGAAGCAUGGAUCCCAGCGUGCCUAAAAGUCCUGAAUGGACAGAAGUUCCUAUCAAGACCAUUCCGCCCAUGAAGGCAAGCGCCUCGGUUGCAGCAGAUGGGAAGAAGAAUUCCGAGGAGCGAAGGGAGGAAACUUUUUCUGUAAUUCCUUCUUACUCUUAUUCCGAACGGUUUCAGACUGGUCCUAAGUUGGAGCCAUUAUCCCAAGCAUCCGGUAAACAAGGCAGCGACUCACAGCCUGCGGAUGUUUCUGUUGAUGAAGUCAAAAAGCAUGCCACAGUAGAUUUGUCAAGACUUGAAGAGACAAGUUCAACAGUUGUGGAGAGAAAAUUAACAUGUGUGGCCCCCAGAUCAGCCCAGGAGGGUCUUCCCAAACUUGCACCUGUUAGGUUGCGUUCAAUUGAUGCCAAAACGCUUGAAAUAGUACAGGAUGAAUGUGUUAGUGAUGUCAAGAAGGUUGAAUCUCCACCACCUGUGAAUGUUGCUGGAACUGCGAACGCUACUGCCUUUGGACUAGGGUCCUAUCUUGACAUUCCUGUCGGGCAGGACAUCUCAUCAGGGUCUCGCCGCAUGCCUGCGUCUGCACGGCCUUCAGUGAGCCAUGGCAUUGUAGAGGAUCAGUCUGAGAUCCUGUCUGGGUUUGGAACAACAGGAGAUGGGCAGAGUGAUUCUGCAGUGGAGUACGCUGACGAGUAUUGGGACUCUGAUACUUACGAGGAUGAUGACGAUCCCGGGUACCAUAGACAACCAAUCGAAGAUGAGGAGUGGUUCUUGGCACAUGAAAUCGAUUAUCCUAGUGAUGAUGAACGUGCCCGUCCCAACGUUGAAGCUCAACGAAGCUCUCGCCGUGAGAAGGAUUAUGAAAAGUAUGAGAAGUAUGAGAGGGAUGAGCCUGAAGAUUGUUCCGUUCUGGAAGAAGAGUCCUAUUUUUCUGGAGAGGAGUCUCUUGCCCAUCGCAUCAAGGAAGGGAGAGAAGAGAGAAAAUCUCCAAUAGAAGUUCACGAGAUUCAGACCAGUGAGUUAUUUGGGCGCAUGGAUGGUGGAGAUAAUUUUGGUAUUAAUGGCCAGGUUGCCAACGCCACACGCAUCCUUGAUCCAGGACAGUUCAACAGACAGUUAUUGGGUGCGGACGGUGUUCCUUUGAUGGGUAGUGACUCAAGGUGGCAGAGUUUGGAUCCUUCGAAGGGAACUCAGUCAGAAGAGGGAGGCAGUAAGCAACAUGAUUACGGAAGAGCCGUUCAAGAUAUUAGUAUCUUCAAAGUUGAGGAAGACAGAGUGGGUUUAGUGCGGUUUGGUGGAAUGGGCGGGAGUGGCGAAGUUGCAGAAUCUGGUAGCGUAAGGCGUGAGAGUGUGCGUGCGGAAAGCAGUGAGGGAGAUUUGGACAUGAGUGGAAUCGUUGCUCGUAGCAUGAGGCACCUCAGCUCAUUAUCUCAAGUGGGGAAUAGUGACAUUGGAAAGGCACAGGAAACUGAGAGUAGUCGGAAACAUGACGACGAAGAGGAAGACCUUAUUCUGAAAUACUACAACAGCCCGUGGGUAAACCACAAGAAUCGUGAAGGUGAGCGGGAAGCUUCAAGUUUAGAUACUAUACAGUUCCUGAACCGAGAGAAUGAGAAAUCCUGUGGGACGCAGGUCAGCAGUAUCCGUGAUGGAGAGAGUCAUCGGCACAAAGAUUCUGAACUAGCUGGUGCUACAGGGUUUGGUGGGUUUUCGUUUCCUUCCCCAUCUGCGAGUGGAGGAGACAUUGGAACUGUAUCGAGGGUAGGCUCAGGGAAGUCCAUGUGGUCGGUGAGAGAUAUCACUGGGCAAGCUCUGGGCGAGGAGACUGAGGACUAUGGGAAUGGUGCAUCGGAGCCCGAUGAUCCUUUAGCUUCUUGGAGGCGCAAGAGCAAUGACUCUUCACCCAUUCUAAGUCCCCGUGAGGCUGGUCAUCAAGAUUUGUUCAUGCGGUCCACUGGAUCAGCUAAAUCGACGGAUGGAUAUGGCAGUGCAGUUGCCAAGGAUGGCGAUGCUGAAGAAGGUGACGAAAUUGAGCAAGAACCAGAGGAGGAAAGCAUGUUGGAGGUGGAUCAGCAAAUUAGAGAAGCUGAAGCUGCUGCAGCUGAAGACGAAGAAGCCGCAGCAAUACAAGAACAAAUUAGAAGAAUGCGAACUGACGAAGAGUUCGAGACAUUCGAUUUGAAGAUCAUUCACCGAAAGAACAGGACUGGAUUUGAGGAGGACAAAGACUUUCCAGUUGUAAUUAAUGCAGUUGUUGCUGGUCGCUAUCAUGUGACGGAGUAUCUGGGUUCUGCUGCCUUCAGCAAAGCCAUUCAAGCUCACGAUUUGCAUACGGGAAUGGACGUAUGUAUGAAGAUAAUUAAGAACAAUAAAGACUUCUUUGAUCAGAGUCUUGAUGAAAUCAAGCUUCUCAAGUAUAUCAACAAGCACGACCCUGGUGACAAGCACCAUCUCUUGCGGCUGUACGACUACUUUUACCACCGGGAGCACCUGUUCAUCGUUUGUGAGUUACUUCGAGCUAACCUAUACGAGUUUCAUAAAUACAACAGAGAAUCAGGUGGCGAGGUGUACUUUACGAUGCCCCGUCUUCAGUCAAUCGCACGACAAUGCCUGGAGGCUCUGGAGUUUAUUCAUGGUUUGGGCCUGAUUCACUGUGAUUUGAAACCGGAGAAUAUCCUGGUGAAAAGUUACAGUCGUUGUGAAAUCAAAGUGAUCGAUUUGGGAAGCAGUUGUUUUCAGACAGAUCAUCUUUGCUCUUAUGUGCAAUCUCGCUCAUAUCGAGCUCCUGAAGUUAUUCUUGGCCUUCCUUAUGAUCAGAAGAUCGACAUGUGGUCAUUGGGCUGCAUUCUUGCAGAACUCUGUUCAGGAAAUGUGCUUUUCCAAAACGAUUCCCUGGCAACGUUAUUGGCCCGGGUGGUAGGAAUUCUAGGUCCUAUCGACCCAGAGCUUUUAAGUAAAGGACGGGACUCUCACAAGUUCUUCACCAAAAACCAUACGCUCUAUGAACGGAAUCAGGAUUCUGACCAACUGGAGUAUCUGCUGCCAAAGAAAACAUCUCUGGCCCAUCGGCUACCCAUGGGCGACCAGGGCUUUGUGGCAUUUGUUGGCUACCUUCUCAACAUUAACCCUCUUCUGCGUCCUACUGCUAGCGAGGCCCUGAAACACCCUUGGCUGUCAUUCCCAUAUGAACCUAUUUCUUCAUGAUGGGAGCCACCAUAAUUCUCCAGCUUUUCAUUUUGAGAAGUUCUCCAAUCAACGUGGUUCCUUACUUCCUCCUGUAGAAUAUGCUCUGAAGGUCAAGUCCUGAAUUUCGCUGGUGAUCAUCUGCUCUUCCCAAGGACCAUGGAAUUGUUGAAUCUUUCAGUUCGUCUGAUGAUUGUUAAUCAGUGCAAGGUCCAGGCUUGGUCUGCAGUAGCCUCACUGAGGUUCAAAGAAUCUCCUAUUUCUAUUCUUCCACAACCUAAUUAUGCUUUCUACAUCUGGGUGCUCAAACUUGGGUAAGACCGGCUUGUGGACAACUGGAUAGGGUAGGGAGAAGCACAAAUAUCAGGCAUACGGUCACAACGUUCAGUAGUGGGGCAUAUCCGGACAACUGAAAACUUAGACUUAAGGAAUUAGGAUCAAACUGUCAAUGUACAGUUUAGCAGAAACCUUCCGUCCCAAGGUUCUAUUGAUUUAUCACAGCGUAGGCGGUUUCACAGGCGGGUUUGCCUUAUGCAGGAAUAGUGGCCUGUUCACAAGUAUCAAUCAUGUACUUUACCAUUUUUCUGUGUCUUUGUCGAAGUGUGUUUGACCAGGA